CACACGCACACCCACAGAGCACGACAAGGAUUUCGCCAGGAGUCGAGUACUCGGUGCCGCCCCACCACAAGGCGAUAUCGCUAGCUCGGUUCCGGCAACACCCUCAUCUCCGAUCUCUAGCUGCCCCACCGCGCUCGAUCUCUCUUGUGAUUAUCAAACAGUGAUUCUCAGGCCAACCCGGCCGCCAUCGAUUCUCUCUCUCUCUCUCUCUCUCUCUCUCUCUCUCUCUCUCUCUCUCUCUCUCUCUCUCUGUGCCUCGUACUGGGAUCAUCUCUCUGUGGGCUCUCCGCGAUCCCUGCCGUCUUUGGGAGCUUUGAUCGAGCAACGGCCAUCAAGCCGCGACCCGGAACCUCCGACACGGCUCUUCGCCAUGGCUUCAUCUACGUCAGCCGAACCUGUAGUGACAGCUGGCUCGAUCGAGCCUUCGGGUCAGUCGCAAGGCCAAGAUAUCCCUCAGCAACAUCCAUCGACCCUACCUCGGCCAGACCAGAUCUCAAUCUCGGCUCGUAGUUCGCCUCGACCGCCCAUCCCCCUGGCCCUCGGGAUACAGCGAGCUGCUUCACAACCUUCGCCACACCAGACGAAUUCUGAAACGAGAUCUACACCUUCUUUGGCCGUCAGACGUUUCGAGGCUCAGCAGCGCAAGAACAGCUCGGACACGGCUGCACCCCCCACGCUUAAUCCAACUUUAGCCUCACUUGCAACAAACUCGGCGCCGCCCACACCGGUAGCAGGGAGCAACGUCGAACAGAACCCUCUGAAUGCUUCGGAUGCCACGCCCUCGAGGACAAACUCUGCGAUGCAUAGCUACGGCAACAACAUGCAGCAGGGGCAGUCCUCUUCCCUCCAGGAUGAACAGUCGCUCCAGCAACACGAAAAGCAGCAACAGCUGAUGAAUUUCCUCACUGGAUACUCGGUCAAUCAAGGUGUGGGCAUGGGCAAUGGUGUGUUUCCCGGCAUGGGUAUGGGAGGAAACUUCAACUUUGGCAUGCGGCCGAUGACGGGUAGCGAGACAGGGAUGGUCAUGAACGCGGGAUUGGGCCCAUCGGUCGGACCUCAGGACAGGAAUGAAGGCAAUAACGCACGAGACUUUUAUCCAGGAUCGAUGCAUGGUGGACCGUUCGACGGGAUGAACUUGGUCGAUCAAAACGGCAUGCCGGUACAAAUGUCGGCUCCACAGUGGCCUGAAACAGGACCUCAGGCGCUCCCAGUCAACCAGAACUCCCAAUAUCCUGGGCAUGCUGGUCCAUCCGCUAUGCGGCACCCUUUCCUAGACGGCUCAAGACCGUUGCAUGCUAGCCCUGCGACAACUCCCCUUGCGUCAAAACGCGCCAACCUGCCGCAGGCGCAAUCGGGUCCAUCGUCGGGCUAUCCGGCGGUGGGCAGUCCGGCCAAUCAGUACGCGACCUCUCCUGUCAACGCUUCCUACAACUCAUCCGGGCAUGACCAGGGAAUGGACUAUGGCAGCAUCGCAAUGAGGUUCAAUCAGCAGAAUAGAACCGCAGGAAGCCUUCCCGGGAUGGCUCCGUAUCCGUCAGGUGGCCACGGAUCCUACCAGCACGGUGGUCCGUCACAGAAUCCGACACCGGUAGCUCCCAACUGGGGCCAUAUCGGUCUACCCGAACCGUCACCAGCCAAUACGCCUCACCUCGGAGCUACAUCUCACGCACAAGGCACCAAUGCCAUGGACUGGACAGAUGCGUCAGGUCGCUCGCGACGCGACUCGGAUAUGAACGGAGCCUUCGUCACACCGGAAGUCAAGGUCGAGAGACCGGGUCGUCAGAUGCGUGAGAAGCCUAACAAGAGCGGGACAGUCACUCCUGUCACAUUGGAGCAUCCCGGGACCUUUGGGGGUAUGAGCGUGCCCACAUCGCCUGAAAAGCUUAUGAACAUGCCUGGAGGUCAUCAGGCUGGUCUCAUUAGCGGGGUAGAGAAUGCCCUAGCAGGUCUGAAUACCGGCGCUGGUCACGAUCGCGGAACGACACAGGCUGCUGCCCGUAGUAGAAAGAAGAAUACUUCGGCGUCGUCCUCGAGAGUCAACUCUCCUGAUAGGAAAAGGAAGGCUGCCCCCGUCUUUUCUUACUCUGGCGCUCUCAGCGCGCUUAACAGUCGUGCCGGGUCUCCAACUGCCGAACAUGACGGCGCGAAACUCGAUCCGAAUCAACCAUCCCUGAGUCACGUAGACAUGCAUGCUGUGGGUCAAGCACUACGGGCGGACGAUUCGGUCAAUGAGGCACCCUCGAGUGAGCCAGUGAUUGCCACAGGGCCAACGGGGGCACCGACGUCGGCUGCGACGACAGAUGUUAGUGGCAAAGGAGAUUAUCGGAAGAGGAAAAGGAAUCGGACGAUACAGAGUUGUUUGCCGUGUCAUCAAAAUAAAAGAAAGUGCGAUCGCAAAAAGCCUUGCUCUCGAUGCAAAGCUCUCGGUUUGACAGGCUCGUGCGUUUAUGAGGUUGAUCAUGAUAGGGACGAAAAUGACCCCGAGCAGUCAGAGAACGAUCACUUACGCGAUCGCAUAGCCGAACUGGAACAGGUGGUACGGGAAUUAAGGCAAAAAGGAGCCAUGAGAACGCCCGUCGUUUCAGAAGUGGUUGACCCAGCCUUGCACAAAAAGCGCAAGUUCACCGGAGACGUCUCGCAAAAAGUCGAAGCUUUCGUCAAAGAGGGGAAAUUGUCGGCGUCCUCUUCGCGUAGGACAUCAGUGUCGGACGGACAAAAUCAUGAUCCAACGCGGCGAGCAUCGAUGCGGACGUGGGGUUCUGGGUCGAGGCGGUCCAGCCCAGAGCACGGAGAGGAGCCAUAUCUUGCUCACACUCUCCUAUCACCCGGCGAAGCUCUGAUUGGCGACUCUCUUGGCCGUCAAGCAUACGUGGGUGUUCCAGGGGGAAGAAACAUGCUUCGACGGCUGGCCGAUUUGACCGCGACGCAUGCAAACAGCCGAGACCUGCAUGACGGACACCGCGGUGAACCACUCGAAUCGGCGGCCUUUACUGGUUUCUUCCCCGACCAACGGAAAACAUUCCCCUUCACGACGAUCUGGAGUCAUGAGCACUUUAGUUCGGAAGUCGUCGGGAUCUUGCCUAGCCCAGUUCAGGCCAGAGUCCUAUGGAUGAGUUUCGAAGAGGAGAUUGCACGAUAUUUCUCCGCUUGGCAUCUGCCCUCACUGAAAGCAGAGUUUGAAGCUUUCUUCGAGCUCUCAAACGAGGAUCAGAUGAUGACAACUUUAGGGACGCUUUCCGUCAUGCUCAUGGUGUGCUCUCUGGCCGUGAUGGUGCGGGCUUCUGAGAAGGAGAUUUUUGGAUCACUCAACGACAAGUCACUAAGCAUUUCCGAUGACGAGGAUGAUCUGACUUGCAGUCGUAUGCAAAGUGAACUUUAUUUAUCCGGCGCGUACCAGGCACUUCGUCUGUGUUCAUUCAUGUCUUCCCCGACGAUAUCGACCAUUACCUCGGAGAUCAUGAUGGUCAUUUACCUUCUCAACUCGGAACGAGCUUCUGACGCAUGGCCCGAGCUUGGCAUUGUCAUCCGACAAGCUGUUGCUAUGGGUCUGCAUAUCGAUCCGUUGCAAUUAUACCCUGAUCUCUCAUUCAAAGAUGCGGAGGUCAGGCGCCGUGUUUGGUGGACAAUCGCCGGUUUAGAUGCUCUUCUCUGCUUAAGUCUUGGUAGACCCACCGCGAUCACGUACUAUACCACGCAGUUACCACAGGACAGGCCGGACGAACAGAUCAACGACCAGAACGACUACCCUUCAUACCCCCAUCCGGCAUCAGAGACCACCACUUUCACCUAUCACGCGGCUUACUUUGCUCUAACCAUACCAUCAUUGGACAUUCUCGGUCGAGUGUUCCAUCAAGACCGCAGAUACGGAAGAUCUGUGGCGAAGGGCUGGUUUGCUCCACCUGCAACUGAAGAUGGAUCGACAGGUACCACGACCUCGAUGGGAUCCUUCACCUAUGAUGACGCCCUACGCCUAGAUGGAGACAUUCUCGCUUGGUACAACCUCAUUCCACCUGGUAUGCGGUUCGACCCGGAUGUCGAUACUGCCGACACGUUACUUCGACAGAGGCCUCAGUGGCAGAUCAAUCAAACACUCGCCCUCUGCGUCAAGGUCCAAAUGAUUCGAUUGAUCCUCCACCGGCCAUACCUGCGUGUUGACCCAUCAGCGUACACACAUUCCACGGACAUUUGUUUCGAUGCGUCGCACGCCAUAAUGUGCGCAUUCAAGGCAAUGUCUGGAGCCAAGAGCUCGAUUGCCUGGAGCUGGUGGACGAUGAGUUUGAGAGCGUUCCAUGCAGGAACUGUAUGUGCGUUCUUAGCUAUCCGACAGCCGGACAAGAGCAUAGCAGUACAAUGCUUGGAGGAUAUUAGGGGCGCCAUCAUGAUUUUCACGGGUAGACUCCGGACAUGGUUAAAGGCUCAUCCGGUGCAAGGUCACCUCUGUCAAGGACUGGUCUCCCUGGAGAGGCUAGCUACGACGGCGACGAGACUGUCGCGAGAGCGACAGGACGCGGCCGCAUCCGCGAACCCAAACACUUCAUCCGGAGACAUGAACGAUGCGGGAUCAACGCUCUCAGCCGAGUCGCAGAUGUCAGGCAACGGCAGACCGACGUCUUCCGGCCGUUAUUUCAACAAGUCUUCCAUUCAAGCGUUCCCCUCUCUCAACAGCAUUCCGACUUCGCCGGCGUUUGCGAUGGAGAGUCAUGCCGUUCCACGGGCGGGAAGCUCGCUUGCACUGAAUGUGACUGGGCGACUCCCUGAAGAGGUGGACCCAACGCCAUUCCAGCAUGUAUUCCCUGUCACACAGCGCAGCGCAGUGAUGGAGAACGCUGCCGGAGCUAGGGGUUCAGUCGACGCCAUGGGUCUGCCUCAGUUCUGGGCAGACGUCUUUGGGUUGCCUAUGGACGAAGACAAGACCGAUGCGAACCCGUUGCUUGCUCUCUGAGCGUGUCCUCAUCUACUUUGACAGUCCCCAAUCUGAUC